AUGGCACCAAGCUUCGCCCAAAGUUUCCUUCUCCUCGCCACUACAGCAGCCCUCUCAAAUGCAACAACUCUUUCAGGUCGACAGAGCGUAGACCCAGGAAUAGGCGUAAACCCCAAUGCCCAAGGUGCAACUGCAGAAGUAACGCCAGGCUCUGGUCCUAACGGCUCAGAAGAAUGGUUCAACAGAGGCUUGACAUCCGGAGGCUGGGACCCACCGUUCCUCGACUUCGACUCUCUCUAUCAUAUUUCCCGUGACCAAUUCUACACAGGGGUAGGAUCUGCCUGCGAGAAGUACGACUCAUAUUUUCAAAAUGCCAGCAAUAUCCAUAACCUCAAUCCUGUAAUACUAGCUUUCAUCGCCAUGCAAGAAUCCAGUUGCUCAGCCUCUGCUGGCGGCCCUACGCCAGGCUUAAUGCAAGAUAACGUCAAUGCCGGUGCCAAUUAUUUGCGGAAGCGGUUGGAUGCGUCGAACAACAAUGCCUUGCUUGCUUUCGGGAGUUAUAAUGGGUGGUUCACUGCCAAUAAUAGAUUGAAUGGAAGUAAGGGCCUCACGGAGGACUAUCCGUGCUCAACUGAGGGGAAGAAGAAUGGACAGCCACAGAAUUUGGAUUAUCUACACCAGACGCUCAAUGGGUGGUUUAUGGGGCAGGAUGUAUACUGGAAUCAGCGUUGGAUCGGGACCUACGGGUGCUCUGGGCAGUGCGACGUGAACCUUUGCUAG